AUGGACGCGGACGGCGCCGCUGCAGCCGCCACCCAGGGUGUCUGGCGUGCGCCUGCCCCGGCGGCCGCCGCCACUCUGGCCUGGCGCGCCUCUGACACUGCCGGGCUGACCUCUGGUGCUCCUCCAGCCGUCGUGGGCGGACCCACGGGGGCGUGGCGCGGCGCAGACCUGGCAACCCCUGCUGCUGCUGUGCUGCGAGCUAGACCUGCCCUUGCCGUUGGAUCCACGGCCCGCGCCGCCGCCGCUGCCGCCUCCCUUGCCGUCGCACAUGCCGCGCGGACUAUCGUGCCCAACGCGCAGGCCGUCAUUGUGUCCGCCGCGCAGGCUCAGGCCGUCGCGCCCGCAGACCUGGCCGCCGCCGCCGCCGCUUUUGUGGCCGUCGUCGCGCCCGCCGCACACGCCGCACAGGCCACGCGGGCCGCUGCCUCCCUCGCCGCCGCGCAGGCCGUCACGCGCGCCACGCAGGACGUUGCGCCCACGGACUCCGCGUGGGCCACUUCCUACCUCGCCGCCACGUGGCCUGCGUUUGGGAUGCCCCCCGCGGCCGCGCCGUUCGCCACCAACGCCUUCAGUAGGCAGCCGAUUGCCGCUGGUGCUGCUACUGCCGGGGCUGCUCCCCUGUCUGAGCUCUUAUUCUACGGCCUCUACCAUCCACUGAACACUAUCAAGAAGCUCCCUGCUGGACUAGAAGCAUAUAGGCAUCGUCUGUGA